GAUGGCGCAGUUCUAUUUGCUGUUGGAGAUGUCGCUCCGGUCGGAGGGAACCUCCCCCUGCUGUAUAAAUUACAGCCUCCAGUGAGGGUGCAGGGAGGCGAGGCCCUGCAGCACUCUCACUUCUUCUCAGCCGGCUGUGACUGACGACAUCUGCAAAGAUGAUGAAAGAUUUGAUCAUCAAGAACAUGUCCUUUAAGGUCGGACAAACACUGACCAUAGUCGGAGUGGCCAAAGCUGAUGCUUCAAAUUUUGCACUGAACAUCGGCCCCAGUGAGGACGAGAUUACGAUGCACAUCAACCCUCGUUUCAAUGCCCACGGGGACGAGAAUACCGUCGUGUGCAACUCCUACCAGGGAGGGAGCUGGUGUGAGGAGCAGCGGGAGGACUGCUUCCCUUUCCAGCUGGGAGAGGAGUUCAAGAUUGCCAUCGAGUUUACCCCUUCAGAGUUCCUGGUGACUUUAUCAGACGGCUCCGUCAUCCACUUCCCCAACCGCAUGGGCGCUGAGAAGUACACAUGUAUCGGCUUUGAUGGCGACGCCCGCGUCAGAAGCUUUGAGAUCAAGUAAAACCUCCAUCCUGCACCAAUUAAUGGAUUGAAAAUCGUCUUUUCCUUUGCGUUUUUUUUUCUAUGACAGCAGGUAACAUACAUAACAUUUAGUGCUCUCAGAAAUUCCUGAGUACAUGUGGAACCAACCUUACAUGCUUAUCACACACACUCAUAGGAUGCAGGAAGUUAGUUUGCUGAAAGCGGAUGCGAGCAGCUACGAGGAUGGGUAGACGAGACAGAAGAGUACAGUCCUCAGAUCUACAGACAGACGUACAUGCAGUAUUGAAGAAAAAUUUAAUGAGGGAACGCUUUUUCUACACAGCUGACAGAGCUACUAACUAAAACCACAGAGUAGCUUCAAGCCAAAGGAGUUCAAUAAAAUGUGAUCAGAUUUUCUUUAAAUGUUUUAGCUGUUUGUUUUGCCAGACAUUCCAGAUUUGUGACUGCUACCCUGUAACAUCAUCUAUUAAAGUGUGUCCUUUUGUGACCAGA